UUUCUUCAAAACAAUCAAUCAAUCAAAUGGAACAAAUACAACAAGAAGAAGAAAAAUCAAACACCGACAAUUUUUUUAAUUUCAUAAGCAUAGAUUUAACACAACUCAUAUUAUCCCAUCUCCCAAUCCGUUCAAUAAUUCGUUGCUCAUCCGUUUGCAAACUUUGGCGUUCAAUUACUACUUCCCCAUCAUUCUCAACCGCGGCCCAGCCCGCGCCUUGGUUUUUCCUUUACGGACGAAACAACAUAUUUUUUAAAAACAACCAAGCCUUCGCGUUUGAUCCAGACUCAAACGAAUGGAUCAAACUCGGGCCCAACCAUUUUCCUCUCUCCAUUUCCCAAGAGUCUUCCUUAAUCGGGUCGGGCGGGUUCUUAUUUAACACCUCCGCCAAGAACUUUAGCUUUUCCCCAAUUUUAAAACCAUUUUGGCGGGAAACCACCCCUUUGAGAUAUUCUCGGUUAAACCCUUUAGUAGGCGUUAUUAAUAAUAAUAAAAAUAAUAAUCGGUUCCAACAGAAUUUGAGUUUGAGUUUGCCGGCAGUUAUCGUUGUGGGCGGGGUUCGGUUUAUUGGUGGGUUAGUUGAUAUUGAAGAUAAUUUAGCCGUUGAAAUAUAUAACCCUGAUUUAAAUUCGUGGGAUCUUUGUCCUCCUUUGCCCGCGAAUUUUAGAUCAGGGAAUUCUUCGCAGUCCCUAUCGUCGGUCUUAUACAAUUCAAGGUUUUAUGUAUUUGGUAUACAUUCAUGUUUCAUUUCGUCUUUUGAUUUGAAAAAUCGUGUUUGGAGUCAAGUACAGACACUCAGACCACCGGGUGUGAUCAUAUCAUUUUUACUAUCUUGUCAAAAUGAGCUAAUGCUAGCCGGGUUAUGUAACGAUCCACUUGGACCGUCGUUUAAUCUAUGGAGAGUUAAUGAUUUGACAAUGGAGUUUAGUGAAGUUUCGGUUAUGCCUCAUGAUUUGCUUAAUGUUUUGUUUGAUAGCAAUGAAGAUGAUAAGUUUGCUAGUUUAAAAUGUGUUGGAUUUGGGGAUUUUGUGUUUGUGUUUAAUGAGGAAAAUCGUCGGAAUUACCCUGCUUGUGUAUGCGAAAUUAGGCCUAAUUUAGAUGAGUGUAGAUGGAGGAAGGUUCCUGCUUUGCCUGAGCCCGUUAAUAGGUUUCAUAAAGUCACCGGAUUCUGUUCACCUAUUUCGCUUCAUAGGAUCCUUCAUCGCGACAUUGCAUAAAGGUUGAUUUUUACUGAUACUUGGUGGGAUGAAUGUGCUCAUGAGAAUAUCAUCUUUUGUCGCACAGUACACGUUGUUUUUUAACAACUUUUGUAUUGUAAAUUAUGUGAAAUUUGAAAUUGUAAGGAAGUUUUUAUAUUUGUUAGUCA